AUGAGCGACGAUGCGUUGCACGCGGCGCCCGCCAGCGCGAGCGACCGCGUAUCGAAACCAAACGGCGGCAGCUUCAGUGGCGCGUCAGGCGCAGGUGCUGCUGGGCUUAACCCGCGAUCCUGCGUCACCUGUCGCAGGCGCAAAGUAAAGUGCGACAAGAAGCAGCCGUGCUCCAACUGCGCACGCGCAAAGAUCGAGUGCAUCUUUCCCGGGCCGGGUCGCGCGCCCCGCAAGAGCAGGAAGCCACAAGACGGCGAGCUCAUGGACCGCCUAAGAAGGCUGGAGGGCGUGGUACAGAGCCUGAACGCGCAGGUCGAGGAGCACGAGCAACAGGAUGCUGAGCGCGAGAAGAAUGGUGGUGCAUGUCCAAAUGGAACUGUAGGCGAGGAGCAGGGCGGGUGUCCUAGUGGUCGUGAUAUGGAAGGCGCCAGUGUUGUUGUGGAUAACACCGUGGAGGGGUUGGAGACACGGUUUGGGCGGUUGGUGGUGGAUCAGGGCAGAAGCAGGUACAUCAACAACAGCUUCUGGGCGAGCUUGAACAACGAGGUCGAGGACCUCAAGUCGAUCCUCAUCGAGCAGUCCGACGACGAAGACGAACUAGAUACCGAUUCGAACUUCUCAGCACAGCACCAGGGCUUCAUCUUCGGCUACAGCUCUACCAGUGUCGACAUGCUGUCUUUACACCCGCCGCAACAGAACGCUCGUUUGUUCUGGGAGAUAUACAAGGAGAACGUGGACCCGCUGGUGAAGGUGCUACACAUACCUACCUUCGAGCCGGUGCUCCUCGAUGCGAUAUCGAAACCCGAGAAGAUAACCAAGUCUCUAGAACCACUCAUGUUUGCCAUAUACUAUGGAGCUGUCACCAGCAUGUUGCCGAAAGAAUGCGCCGAGAAGUGUGGAGAGGAGCGUAGUGCGCUGUUGCAUCGGUAUCGCUUUGGUCUGGAGCAGGGUCUUGCCCGGGCAAACUUCCUAUUUUGCGACGAGAUGAUAAUAUUGCAGGCGUUCGUUGUGUUUAUGAUACUCUUGAGGCGCAAUGACGACGCGAGAAAGAUAUGGACGCUCACAGGUCUAGCUGUGCGCAUCGCCCAGACCCUGGGGAUCCACAGAGACGGCAGCCAUUUUGGGCUUACACCGUUCAACAUUGAAAUGCGGAGACGGCUUUGGUGGCAAGUCUGCAUUUUGGACGCUCGGUCGUCGGAAGACCAUGGGUGCGAUCCCACAAUCGUUGAAGCUCAAUUCGACACAAAGUUGCCACUGAAUGUGAAUGACACUGAUAUCGAUCCUGACAUGACUGAGUGGCCGAAGGAACGACAGGGCUUCACCGAUAUGACUUUCUGUAUCAUCCGCUAUGAAGUGACCAAUAUUUUCCGCCGCAUUCUCUACAUCCCACCCGGUCCAGGACGAUGUAACUACUUCUUCUCCAAUCUUACCGUACCCGAGAAAGAGAAGUGGAUUAGCGAUUGCCACCAACGAUUGGAGGACAAGUACCUGAAGGACUGCGACAUGUCGAUACCGCUGUGUUGGGUCACCGCGACCAUUUCUCGAUUGGUCAUGAGCAAGAUGUGGCUGAUCGUGUAUCAUCCACACCAACGAAAAGACGGAGGCGCUUCGCUACCCCAAGAAACAAAAGAUAAGCUCUUUGUCACCUCGCUCGAGAACAUCGAAUAUUCCAUCCUUCUGGAGACGGAAGCUCGGACAAUGAAAUGGGGCUGGCUGUUCCGGACCUACGUACAAUGGCACGCCAUUGCAUUCCUUCUUUCUGAGCUAUGCGUCCGAACCAAGGGUGAAGCCGUUGACCGCGCCUGGCAUGCUCUCGAAGCCACCGCUGGGCGGUGGUGGUUCCCGCUCGGCGAUGCCUCUCCAUAUCGCAAGGGCAAGGCAGGCUGCCUAUGGAAGCCCCUCCGCAAGCUCAUGGCUAAGGCUCAGAAUGCCCGCCAGAAAGAGCUCGCUCUUGAGCGCGCAAGCCAAGCUCUGAAGACUGGAGGACCUUUCUACACUGACUUUUCCCAGUUGACAGAUCAGCUCAAUGGACACGAUACGAGCCAACCCAACCCCGAGCAUUUAGAUCGCAUGCUUCGCCCCGCGGCACCAAAGUUGGGCGAAAUACCUGCUGCACAGCCGCCGACGUGGACAGGAAGCCCGCAGUCAGCUCAAUCGGAAUUUUCAUUCGGAGUGGAUACGCCAGACAGCUCACGCAAGAACACACAGGAUACGAAACCAGUGAACGACGCUACAACUACACGCGCCACAGCCCUCGAUACCUUCAACGCCCUCUCCGAACACGGCAUCGACUACCUCAUGGGCGACAUCAUGGACGGCUAUACCAUAGGCGGCCUCCACGCCGGCACAGCCACGUCCCCCACAGACUUUUCGAAUGUCAAUCCCCUCAUGGACCCUCAUCCACCCAUCAACGACGCGCAAACCAACAUAUUUAACCCUUCGCCACUACAGAACGGAGCUAAACAGGAUGGAGCCGCCGCGGGUUUUACCGCCUUCCCCCAGUCCCAGAGCCCGCAUAUGGUGAACAGUAGCUUCAACGACAGCCCGCAAGGCAACAGCAGGAGCAGUAGCGAUAGCCCACUGUUGGACGGUGGAAACAUGGACUGGGCUGUUUGGGAUGAUAUGGUGAAUCAAUACGGGAUGGAGAAUCCGCAGGCGAUGCCAACGACGAAUGGGGCGGGGCAUUUGGGCAUGGUGCAUUGGUUCUAA